CGCCGCCCCUGAGGCGCCAUGGCUCCUCUCUGAGGUAAAAAAAAAAAAGGCGGCCAUGGCGCCGAUGGGGAUCCGGCUUUCCCCGCUGGGGGUGGCCGUCUUUUGCCUGCUGGGCCUGGCCGUGCUCUACCACCUCUACUCGGGCUUCCUAGCCGGCCGCUUCGCCUCGUUUAUCUUCGGCGGGCCUCCCGCUCCGGCCGGCGUCGGCGCUUUGGUGGACUUGCGGGAGUUGUUGGCGGCAUCGGUGGCGGCGGCGGUCCGCGGUGGGGUCGAAGUGCGGCGGGUCCGCGAGGGGAACGCGCUCCACGCCCGGUCUAAAGGCAAGACCCGCGAGGGGGCCGAGGAGAAGAUGACCAGCGGCGAUCUCCUCUCCAACCGAAAGAUGUAUUUCCUCCUCAAGGCCGCCUUCCCCGACGUGCAGAUAAACAGCGAAGAACACGUGGACGAAAAUGACCCGGAGGUCGUCUCCUGGGACCACACCAUUCCCGACGAUAUCACGAGGCAAGUCCAGCCGAAGUUGGUUCCAGCCGAGAGUGUCACCAUAUGGAUUGAUCCCUUGGAUGCAACUCAGGAAUACACAGAGAAUCUUUCCCAGUAUGUCACCACGAUGGUGUGCGCGGCGGUGGACGGGAAGCCAGUCAUCGGUGUCAUUCAUAAGCCAUUUUCUGAAUAUACCGCUUGGGCGAUGGUGAAUGGCGGGUCCAACGUUCAGCCGCGCUCUUCCUACAAUGAGCGGACGCCGACCAUCAUUGUGUCGCGAUCUCAUGAAGGGCAAGUUAAGCAGGUGGCAUGGCAGAGCUUCGGCAACCAAACCGCCAUCAUUAAGGCCGGUGGAGCUGGUUUUAUUUUUAUAUCUCUCUUCGAUGUGUCCGAAGCGCACCAGGAGAAAGCCGACGUCUACAUCCACGUCACCUACAUUAAAAAAUGGGACAUUUGUGCCGGCAACGCCGUGCUGAGGGCCCUCGGUGGCCGCAUGACCACCUUGGCUGGGGAGGAGAUUACCUACACGGGCUCGGACGGUAACGAAGGGGGACUCAUUGCCAGCGUCCGGAUGAACCACCAAGCCCUGGUUGAAAAACUCCCUGUCCUUGUCAAAACAUCACGGAAUUGAAAGGUGGGGAUAAAACCCUGUGCGAGCUAGUUAAAAUGAAUCCGGUGAAAGAGGAGGAUGGAAAGUGAGGGGGCUUCUUCAGGACCGGAAUCUUGCCAUGGCGUUUGGAGAAGAUGAUCGAAGCGCAGGAGGGAUGGGCUUCGGAGUCCAUCCCUUUUCAUUUUUAAAUUUUGAGACAAUUCUCUUGGCCGAACGCUACCGAGAAAUCAAGAGAUGGCUUCUUUGUCUGAAAUGAAAUCUCUGGAUUUCUUUGUAACGUCUGGAAGCACUUGGAUAUUAUUUCUUCUUUUUUUUCGGGAUAUGAUAUGAUUUCCUCCUGACGGAGGGUCCUAACUGAAGUAAUGACAAGAAGGAACCCGGCUUUUAAGUGUACUUGAAAAUGCAAACCAGCGUCAUGUGGCGGAGGGCUACUCCCCCCCAGCCUCUCUCCCUCUCUCUGGGUUUUAAUUAUUUUUACUAUGAGAACAUUGUUUUGUUCGCCCAUGUGUCAUUGAGAAGAACGGUGUGCCCUGUGCGGUUCCCGACUACUGAAUAUUAUUGCCGUGAUAAAUCCA